AUGGCCACCUUCUCAGCCGUGCUCGCCCGCAUCUUCUCAUCCAGUGCCCCUGCGAUGAGCGUCAACAUCAGGGACUGCGAUCCGGGAACGGCAUCAUCACAGGCCGUUCCAUCGCGCACGAUCAAGUCGCAAUAUGCGUCGGCUGGUCCAAUGCGUGCCGCCCCACCAAGCAAAGUGGAACCCAAGGCCGUCCUCGCAACGACACAGCCUGCGACUCAAGAUGCCACGAUGCAGAUCCCCAGCGAGGACCUCGUUGGAAAGACAGAGAUCCUGACCAUGCGAGGCGGUAUCGAUCACGACCACCACGGUACGCGGAUGAGUCAUGAUAUUUGCUGCUGCCUCAUCUGCUGCGAUUGCAUGGACGACUGCUGCACGGCCAUCGACGAUGUCAUUUGCUGUGAAUGA